CUUUUGGGAGCUCUACCACUGGUUGAAGUACGUAGUACCCGAUACUUUUUUUAGUACCACCUCGGUCAGGGUUCCUUGCGACCCGAGCUGAUACCAAAACACUGUAGAUCACUGAUUUGUCUGAGAGAAUUGUCACUACCAGCAUCAUCGCUAUAAUGUAAAAGGUUAGUGCUAGUUUGCGCUCUUUGAGCAAACAUGUUGUCAUCUGUGCUCUGCUAUAAGUUCCCAAACUCCCUUUUAGAGAUGAAAAACAUCCACAGGUUGAGAAUCAGGAACACCAUACCAAUUUUUUUCCAGACUUGCAGUGUGUGGCCCACAUUUGCGACGCGCAUGACCACAUAUAUGCUUAAAUGAGCAACUUAAAUGAGGCUUGGUGGAGCGCGCCGACUGACGCCACGGGUGUUUGUACAGAAACUGUCAUGUGAGACAGAGGUAGUGAUAAACACGAUGUGCAAACAUCUAUUUGUGGUGGCCAGUUUUAAAUUUGUGGCAGACUGAAAAUAAAUGAAUUUAUGGGAAUGUACAACAACGCUCUCACUUGUAUGAUGUCACAGCAGUAGGCAGCGGAAAUAUAACGACACGACUAUAAUCCCUCCCACUCCGAAGUGUUACUAAACUCAAUGGAAAAGCUAACCAAGCCAAAGUGAGGUGACCUGGCCCGACCUGACCCAAACCAAACCGUGGGGUACUAUGCAAUGGAAAAGCGCCUUUAAAAUUGAAUGGAAGUCUUCCUGUCAGCACUACUGCUCCUGUGACAAUAGGUUACAGCACGUCCAGGUUAUGUCCUGAUCCUUUUUUAAUCCAAAAAGCCAAAUAAUAAAUAAAAAGGAUUCCAAGCCGCAUAUCUUCAUAUUUUACAGGACCAUCACAAAACAAAUCCAAGAAUUAUUACCAUUGAGAAAUGAGAAAGCAGAAACUGUCGUCAUUAAUCAAGGGGAAUUCGCAGGAUGACACAGGAAAGCAAAAAAGAGGAAAGGAAGUCAAUGGGAAAGUCAUUGAGAUUUCAGAGAUUGUCAAUAGGAUUGCACCAAAGGUUGAGAGGCCUAAUGAAAGAGACUGUGUGCUUCAAUGGAUUGGAGACAAUGCCAUACCCUGUACUCCAGAGAUUAGACAACCCAGAAUCAGGAGGAUCUCAUCACGGCAAAGCAAUGUUGAGGACCUCAUGAAACUUGCCAAGCAGUUUGACAUCAACAUGACUCGCAUGACUACAGAAGUAUACAAGCCGCAACAUGAUGAAACACGAAGGGUUAAACCGGCAUCCGUGCCUGUCACAUCAGAAGGAAUAGCCGGUUGCUUUUCCCAAGCCCGACAGGAAGAGGAAGAGCUUCAGGCUCUGUUUGAUGGUCCCACUCAGCACUUAAGUGGUAGACUAAGCCCACCAUCAGCACACUGCACACCAGAAAGCAUCACCGCUCCGGUGGCUCCUGCUGGACCAGGGCCAACCAUCAAGAAGGAACCUAAAGCAACUAAUGUGGACUUUGAUGAUGACUGGGAAAAUGAUGACCUUCUCAAUGACUCUUUUGUGUUGGAGAUGACACAGAAUCAAAUGCCUUUGAACGUAGCCCAGAAUAAGAGUAUCGCUCAGCCUGUGGCCAAGACUCAUUUCUCUGUAUCUCACGUCAGAGACGUCUGUCUACAGAAUCAAAAGAGCACAGUGAAAAGUUGCACCUUUACUAAAGGCCAAACGUCUGGCCAAGGCACUUCUAGGGUUAAGUCACAUGCUCAAACUACUGAAAAGCUGCCAAAGACAUUGGUACAAAAACAACCAGUGCUGUCAUCUCAGCAAACAGAGCUUUACAGAGCUACCAAAGGCGAUGAAGGCUCCGGCCAAUCCUCUACUUCUAAUUUUGACGGGGUUUCGAAGGAGGACCUGAAAUCUCUGUUUGAUUCUGACGCUCUGUGGAACGACGAGGAUGAUGAUGAUCUUCUGUGGCAGGCUUGCGAUGACGUAGAGAAAACCUCUGCAAGUCAGGAACAGCAUAAACACAGCAUGGACUUCACAGCGCUAGCGCACAAUACGUCUAAAGCAACUUCCUCUGCUGGCUUCACUCAUACUCAAGCUGUGAAUAUUACUAAUAAGAGCCUUUCAGGAGAAACCACAAAGUCCACACGAGCUUUCACCCGUUCCAAUUCAGUACCGAUUUCCAGAACUGUGUUUAAACAGGACUACAAUGCGAUAAACGCAGAGACAUCUAAAGAUCCCACUGGAUCGAGAACUUACCAGUGCAGGCCAGCACAAAACAAACUGAGUGAAGUGAAAAGUGCCUUACAACCCAGACCUGGUUCUGUCAGAACCAAUGACACCUCGCUGACGACCAUCCCACAAAACACAAUAAAGCCAAAUGCCUCUAACGCCAUCCGUGGUACAUUUAAAAGACAUCUGUCUGACUCUGUGACACUAACUAACAAAGUCUUUGUUUCAUCCAAUACGACAGUGAAAUGUUCAGCUGCUGAGAUUGAGAGGAAGAAGCAAGAAGCAAUAGCGAGGAGGAAAUUACGCAUGCAGGCUGGCCAACAACAAGAAGCUCCUAAAUAGGACGGCACAGUGAAUAAUAUGAAUGUUCUGUACUGUAUUGGACUAAUUAUGUUAUUGUCAUUAUAAAGCUGCUACACCAUAAACAUCACAGUAAAGCUAUGAAUCAUAUAACCUGAAGAUUUGAUUCCAGUCCUCCAAAUCUGUUACCGAUAUAUAGUUAAACGCUAAUAAGUUUCUUCAAAGAUUUUGCAUGCAUUUCAUAACCGUGUACUGCGGUGCUGUAUCUGUUAAGGAAGAAAGUAUUAAAAAAAAGAAAGUAAGAAAGCCACCCAGUAUUAUCUGUAGUAUCUGAGUUCUGCAAAGUGUUUGCAAAUGAUAAAGUAUUUUCAAGAAUCUGUAUUAUAUAUGUCAUCUGUAUUAUAAUGUAAAAAAAAAAAUGUAAGUAUAUGCAGAAUUACAAAUGGCAGGUCCGUUUCAGUUGUUCAAAAGAUUGGAUCUAGUUUUCCAGUCAUCGCUGACAAUUACAAGACCAUUUACACGUUGUAAACGGUUGACAAAUACUUGAAUUUUUGUUGAUCAAGCUGGAGGUCCUUUUUUAUGUACCUUGUUGUGUCUAUGUUCCACAUUUUUUUGUUAAAACAUAAUUAUGGCCUUAAUAGAAAAGGCAAAUAAACGAAACAAA